AUGGGCGGACCGAUUAUUAGAUGGCGACAUGGACGAGUGGAUUAUAGAGAUGGGAAACAAUCACCACCGGAUGGUCGAUUACCAGAUGCUGCUCAAGGAGUUCAACAUAUUCGAGAUAUUUUCUAUCGAAUGGGUUUCAAUGAUAGUGAAAUUGUUGCUUUAAUUGGUGCGCAUUCUAUGGGUGGAUGUCACAUAGAUCGAAGUGGUUAUGAUGGACAUUGGACGGCUACACCGAAUACAUUUUCAAACCAAUUUUUUCGUUCUUUAUUACAAGAACAUUGGCAAGAACGUCAAUGGAGUGGUCCAAAACAGUUCGAAGAUGUUAAGACACAAGUUCUCAUGAUGUUACCAACUGAUUUAGCGCUGAUUCAAGAUCCUCGAUUUAAAAGAUAUGUAGUAGAAUACGCAACAGAUUAUUAUCGUUUUAGCAAGAGUUUUGGAGCUGCUUUCGAGAAAUUAUUAGAAUUGGGAGUCGAUUUUCAUAAACUUGGUUGA